GCCCAGUUGCGCCUGCGGAAGCGAUUUCCCAUUGCGCAGGCGCAACAGCUGUGCGAGCACGCCGCUGGGGGGCGGAAUUUAUCAGCUUUCUCGUGCUUUCUCCUGGUGGCGGGAAAAGAAGGUCGAAGUGGAAGGGUUGUGCAGCUUUGCUUCGACAGCUUACGCUGCGCAUCUCCUUUAGGGCCUCGUCGCCUCCGCAGGUAGCUGGUUCUUCGGCCGCAGAGGAAGGUGUUAGAGGCAAAGAAAGUAUAGUUUCUGCACUGAAUGAUGGCAGCACUGCAGGGUAACGAAGAAUAUGAAAAGGGACCAAAGAAAACCUUUGUUCCACCUACACAAAAAUCACAUAGCGUGAAACCUCCUGAUGCCAACUUAUUGAUGGAAAACACCCCAGGGAUCAGUUCUCCUGAGGCAGAAGCCAAACGCAGUCCGCCCCAAGUCAGCUUGAAGAAGAAGAGGAAGAAGAACAAGAAGAAGGCAGCCACAGAGAAUGGUGCAAGCAGGGACCAGGAGAAAAAACAAAAAGCUCGAGGCAAGCCAGGGGAGAAGAAGAGAAAGGAAAAGUCAACUCUUACCAAUGAGGAAUUUGAGGAGAUUUUCCAAACUGUGCUGAAGAAGUCCCUCCAGGAGUGCUUGGAGAGUUCCUGUGUCCAGUCCACAAUGCAUAGCCAACCAGACAAAGAGCAAGGAUUUACUUCUUCUGCUACUGGUAAUGAAAAUGCUGAUGGGGAGAUGGCAAUAGCAUCUGAAACUCCGAAGAUUUCAUCUUCUCUAGAUGAUAAAGUAGUCUCUGAGAUAAGUACAUUGAAACUAGACCAGCCAGUUCCUGAACCCCCUAAGAAGAAAUUUAAUAGACUCUCUUCAAACAAAAGAAAGAAGAAAACUGAGAGUUCCUGUGUCCAGCCCAGAAUGUAUAGCCAACCAGACAAAGAACCAGGAUUUACUUCUUCUGCUACUGGUAAUGAAAAUGAUGAUGGGGAGAUGGCAAUAGCAUCUGAAACUCCAGAGAUUUCAUCUUCUCUAGACAAUAAAGUAGUCUCUGAGAUAAGGACAUUGAAGCUAGACCAGCCAGUUCCUGAACCCCCUAAGAAGAAAUUUAAUAGACUCCCUUUAAAUAAAAGAAAGAAGAAAACUGAAAAUGAAGAUGAAAAAAUGGAGUCAAUCCAAGAUGGACAUGAGCACAGGCUGGAAGUCCUACAGAAGGCGACAAUUAAGGAUCCUUCUCAGAUCCGGAGCCAACAGAAAGAAGAGAAAAAUGGUUUUGGUCAGUGUCUAGUCUGGGUCCAGUGUUCCUUUCCAAAGUGUGAGAAAUGGAGGCGGCUGCUUGGAAACACUGACCCCUCAGUUCUCCCAGAUAAUUGGUCCUGUGACCAAAAUCCAGAUGUGAAUUAUAAUCGCUGUGAUAUUCCUGAAGAGACAUGGACAGGGUGUGAGAGUGAUGUGACCUAUGCCUCCUAUGUCCCAGGAUCCAUCAUCUGGGCCAAGCAAUACGGUUACCCCUGGUGGCCAGGCAUGGUAGAAUCUGAUCCUGACCUUGGGGAAUAUUUUCUUUUUGCUUCUCAUCUUGAUUCCCUGCCGUCUAAGUACCACGUGACAUUUUUUGGAGACGCUGUUUCUCGUGCUUGGAUCCCAGUCAACAUGCUGAAGAACUUCCAGGAGCUGUCUCUGGAGCUAACAGGAGUGAAAAAGUGCAAGAACAAGGACUACAAUCAGAAACUGGAGGCAGCUAUAAAGAUGGCUCGCGAGGCAGAACAGACCAGCAUUCAGGACCGGGUUAACUUGUUUGGUUUCUGGACUCGAUACAAUGCAUCUGACAAUAGUGGAGAAGGAAAAGAUUUAAUGGUCAGCCCAGAGUCUUGUUUGGAGAAAGAAGAGAAGGACGCGGUGGAGGGGAAGGAGAAUGAGAAAAAAGACACAACUUUGCCUGGACCCAAGCCACCUAAAAUACAGACCAAAAAACCCAAAUCCAGAGGUACGACAGAUGAACAAGGCAGGGCUCUGAAAAAGAAGACAGUUAAGAAGUCUCUGGAGAGCAAAGCCUUACUGCCUCCUGCACCCAUAAUGGGAGGGGAAGAAGGACAGAGGACUUCAGCCCCAGACCCUCCAGGCCAUAAGAAAAAAUUUAAAGCUCCUGGAAACAAGGCAUUAGCCACCAACUUAUCUGAGGAGAAAGAAGUUAAAAUUGUGUCAGAAUGCCCAACUCCACCAGCUCAUCAUGGGAGCUAUCCCUUAGUGGGGAAGGAAGGGCCUGGAUCCCAGGAGCCACCUGUGCAAGAGACUGUAAGUUUCCCCCUUGAAGAUGAAGCCUCCAGUGACCUGGACUUCGGGCAACUCAUGGAAGAUAUUGGAGGAGAGUCAGAGGGGCAAGGGGAGCCACAGCACAGAGACAGGUCAGAGGAAUUCCUGGCUGUCCUCUUUGAAGAGUAGAGUGCUCCCACCCUCCUGCCUACCUGCUCUGGUCUGGGCAGUAGGGAACCUCAGCCUUGAGCAGCUGUUAAGUAUUGGGGUAGUUGAUUGGCUGCUAAAUUCAAGUCAGCUGUGCAGCCAUGCGUUAAUAAAACAGGUUUCUGGA